UCGGCUAGUCAUGGUGGACAACCCGCUUCCGUGGGCGCUAAAAAACUGAAGGAUCGGUAGACAACUUCUUAUCAACGGAAGGGAAGCUGCAAAUCGCGCUACCGUGACUGUUUUGAAAACAUGACGCCGUUAAUGGUGUGAUAAAUCGUGCUUUUUCAUCGCUGAAAGCGAAGCCAAAUUACUUCUGGAUCCGAAAAAAGGCUUUUUAAUCUGGAGGUUCAUAUUAAAACUUCGAUAAUGGCGCUCCGUGGACUAACAAAGUGUGAUGUACUGAAGCGCAACCCAGGAAAAGUGCAGGCAAAAUUCUUACUUCAUAAACUACGGCAAAUGCAGUUGAAGCCAACACGAAAUGAUGAUCUAAAGACUCAGGGGAAAAUCACAACUAUGACUGCGACUGUAAAUUUUUUCGAAAUGGUAACGUGAAGGAUUCGUGGAUCGUGUGAAACACUCCAAUGUAAACCAGUAUCGAAAGAACACCUGCUGGAGCUGGAAUCCCUGUUUGGUCAAGCACUGCUUAGUCGAGCUCUUCAAUUGGUACACGACGACAAGAAGCCAAUCAAAGUUUACCUCACGGCAAACGCUGUCAGUCGCCUUUACGAAGUUCCAGGAUCAAAAUAUCCGGCGAUCUAUAAGAUCUUCCCCGGUAUCAACUUCUGCAGCUGCGAGUCUUUCCGCUACUGGGUGCUUCAAAACCGUCACCAAGCUACCUGUAAGCACGUGCUUGCCGUGUGGUUGGCCACCUCAUUGGGCCGUAUCCAAGAAGUAACUGUUUCGGAAAAAGCGUUUCAACAGCUUAAAGCGGAUCUAAUCAAGGAACGUUGCUCCUCCAUUGGUGGUUUCACAGCAGGUGCGGGACCAUCGAAGCGUUCCACCUAGUCUGGCGGAAUUAAAUGCUUAAUACGAAACCACUGUACGAGAAGGGUAUCGUACUAGAUCGAAAAAUGUUGACCCAAUCCCAGUUUUCGCAGAUUCAGUUCGCUGCGACACUCAACAACUUUUCCAUAUUCUACAACGUAAUAAAAGCUGUUAAUUUUGUGGAUGAUUCAACGGUUCAACUGAGCGUCGAUGGAGUCAAAGCAGUGGUGGAGGAUGCCAAAAGCGUUCAAGCGACGGUCUACAUAACCAAGGAGUGCUUUUCGGUGUACAAUAUAACGAAACCUAAACGCAAACUUAACGCCAACGGGGAACCAGAGGAUGACGAUGAACCAGUCGCUUCAUUUGGGCUCAAUCUGAAAGUAUUUACCGAUUGUCUCAGUAUGUUUUUGGGUGAUGAGUACGACUCCAGCCUGAAGAUCUUACAUAAGGGAGAGGGAGCCCCGCUGAUCGUAAUUCUUGAACAGCAUGGUGAGGAUGACCUCGUCACAGAAUGUUCCGUAAGAACGAUGGAGGCCGGGGAGAUUUUGGAUUUCGAUUUCGAGGACGAACAUGUCUACAGCAAGGUUAACAUUAAGGGACCCGAAUUCUUUGCCCUUCUGAGUGACCUGGAUCGCAACUGUGAUGAAAUCGAAAUAUUUCUGUCGCCUAAUAGCCCGCACAUGAAGUUGUGCACCUACGAUGAGUAUCAGCUGGAAUCGAAUGUUGAAAUUACCAAUUGUAGUGAUAUGCUGAUUUCCUUCCAAAGUAGCGAGGCAACGACGAACCGAUACAAGUUUUCCCACUUCCGACUGGUGUUGCGAACUUUAGCCUUGGCGUCGAAGGUAGCACUGCGAACCAAUAAAGAUGGCCUCCUGGGGCUGCAGGUAAUGAUUGAGUACUCCGAACAGGCUAACAUUUUCGUGGAGUAUUUCAUAAUGCCUCUUAGCGGUUGCGACGAUCUGGAUGUUACUGAAUAAAUUUCUAAAUUUUCAAA